UUUGUGUAUCGAAGAUGGUGACAAUGUGUACAUGGUUACUGCGUGUUUUCUGUCUUGUAGUAACUUUCAAUUUUAGUUAUGUUCAUGCAAAUGCGCUUACAGAUAUUAAAUUAGAUGAAAAGGCGAGGGGUAUUCAUCGUAUUGACUCGGAAAAUAUUCUUGCAUAUGUAUGUUUGUUAAUAUUAACGGUUUGUACAAUUUGGCUUUUCAAGCGUAGACGAGCUCGCUUUCUUCAUGAAACUGGCCUCGCCAUAAUCUAUGGACUUGUGAUUGGGGCUGUCAUUAGAUAUAGUGCUGAAGACACUGAAAUUUCAUUUGUCAAUGUAAAGCCAACAUCCAAUAAUGUCACUGUCUUGGACUUGCCACCUGAUAGUUUAUUCUUCACAAUGGAAGUUAGAACUGGUGAAGGAGAUUCCAAAAUGGAAACUGAAAGUGAGAAUAAAACAUAUGCAUAUGUGUUUCGUGGAGAAGUAACUGAUGUGGAGAGCCAGAAUAUUGACCAAAAGGCAACUUUUGAUCCAGAGAUAUUCUUCAACAUAAUUCUUCCUCCAAUUAUUUUCAAUGCAGGAUACAGCUUGAAAAGACGAUUUUUCUUUCGCAAUCUUGGAGCUAUAAUGACUUUUGCUUUUAUUGGAACAACAAUAUCAUGUUUUGUUGUUGGGGCUGUGGUGUAUGGUUUUGUUCAGCUCAUGCCACAUGUAGAGUUUUCCUUCAAUGACUCUUUAUAUUUUGGAGCUAUAAUAUCAGCGACUGAUCCAGUGACUGUUUUGGCUAUUUUCCAUGAUCUGCAUGUUGAUGUCAACUUGUAUGCUAUGGUGUUUGGGGAGAGUAUUUUGAAUGAUGCGGUAGCCAUUGUUUUGUCAGGAGCUAUCAACAAUUAUGAAGAACACUACCAUACUGAGUCAGGUUUUGAAGUUGGUGCUGCAUUUAAGUCACUUGGAAACUUUGCAUACAUUUUUCUGUGCUCCUUUUUGAUCGGUUCUGUAACAGGUUGCUGUACAGCACUGCUGACAAAAUUUACUCGUCUUUGUGAAUUCUCUUUGCUAGAAUCAUCGUUGUUUGUGCUGAUGUCUUACAGCACUUUCCUGAUGGCAGAAUCUGCUGACUUAAGUGGUAUAGUUGCUGUUCUAUUCUGUGGUAUCUGUCAAGCUCAUUACACCUUUAACAACUUAUCUGAUGAAUCAAGGGUUCGAACUAAACAGUUUUUUGAACUACUGAACUUUAUUGCUGAAAGUUUUAUAUUUACCUACAUUGGAGUGUCAAUGUUCACUUAUCAGAAACAUCGCUGGGAUGUGGGAUUUAUUCUUGUGUCUUUUCUUGCCAUUGUAAUUGGACGAGCUGUGAAUAUCUAUCCCUUGUCAUUCCUUUUGAACUUGGGUAGAAACAAUAAAAUUCCUUGCAAAUUUCAACAUAUGCUGUUUUUUUCAGGCCUGAGAGGAGCCAUGGCUUUUGCCCUUGCCAUCAGAAACACCAUGUCAGAAUCUCGUCACCUGAUGUUAACUACAACUUCCUUAAUUUCUACAGUAACUGUGAUAAUUUGUGGAGGUGGAACAACUCAACUUUUGAGCUGGCUAGGCAUUCCGGUUGGAGUAGAAGAAGAACAAGAAUUGCAUCCUUUCAGUAGCAUUAAACAAACAUCUGAAGUAUCAACUCCAACCGAUCUCAGAAGUCCACCACCAGGAAUGGAAAUAAGGACACCACAUGAAAAGGCCUGGUUAGUCAGAAAGUGGUACAACUUUGAUGUGAAUUACAUGAAACCUUUUCUGACACAUAGUCAGCCUACUCUUAUAGAAACUCUACCUUCUUGCUGUCUGCCUUUGGCACGUAUACUAACCACAACACAGCAGUUGUCCCAUGAUGUUAUGAACAAAACGGUUGAAGAUUCUGAUGUAGAUUUGUGUAUAGGUGAUAAUAUUGAAGUUUCAGGCAGAAGGAAGAAUCACCAAAAUUCAUCUGCCAAGUUUGAAAUUGAAGGAACAAAUGGUGCUGCCCCCUAUGGGCCUCCCCAAACAAACAAUGCUGUGUAUGACAGUGAUCUUGGACUUGGAGGUGGCUUAGCUCAACUGAAUACUACCCAAGUUAGGAUUCCUGGUAUUCAGGGAGACUUGGUUUGAAGAACUAUUUUCUUUGCUAUUCAAUAUUUUCUUGAUUUUUUUUUAUAUACACAGCAUUUUGUGUAGCAGCUUCAAGAUAAAUUUCAGUUACAUGUAAAUUUAAGCUCAUGUACUGUCAUCAAAACACCAAAACAUUUAUAUAAUAAGAAUUGUUAACCUGUCCGAAAGAAAGAUAUAUAGUUAUUGUAUUAAUUUGAGAAUUUUUGUCUAUAUUGUGCAAGUUGUUUAUCAAAUAAUUGAUGGAAUUCAUAAUUCCAGGAAGCAUACAUAAGCAAGCACUAACCAUUUCAGUGAAGUUGUGGUUAACAGCUGUGAAGUUUGAUGUGUUAUAUAGAUAAAACAAAACUUAAAUCCUUUAACUUUGUAUAGUAACACCAAGAUAAAGAUAGUAGUUCAGAAAUACGUCUUAAAAUGUUAAAUAUCUUGGAGCUCUUUUUAUGUGUCAUUUGACAAAUAAUUCAAUUGCAUGUACAUAAAAUUUCAACUUCUUUUCCAAAAAGUUUGAUCAAUUGUUUUAGUGUUACAAGUAAGACAAUAAAUAACUUUUGUACUGCAGUGCAGUUUCCAGCUUAUCAAGUUUAGUUUUGAAAAGAAAAUACUAAUAUGAAUAGUAUUUAUUUAUUUAUUUCAUAUAAACUCUGAGACUGUUGAAAUCAAAUUAUAAGAUUUUAUAUGUAAAUGCAAGCUUAUGAUCAAAGCCAUGAAAAAUGUGAUUUUUAUUAGCCUCAAUUUAAGAAGUUUCUGUGAUCAUCAGUUGUUCAUAGGAGUAAAUUUCAAUAAAUAUUUAGAUCGGUCAUAUUGCUAAAUAGUGCUAUUCCUUUUUCACUUUAUUUACCUGUUGUUUUCUCAUAGAUGUGUCUUAAAUACUUAAAAAAAAUAGUAGUGAUAGUGUCUGAUGUACAUGGAUGUGCCAUGUGAUUUGUGUAAUGUCUAAAGUUCACAAAAGUUUGAUCUUUGAAGCAUAGUUUGUAUUUUUCCACAUAAAAUUUAAAUAGUAAUAUAACAAGUAUACUUUUUAAAGAUAGCUAAGGCAAUGGAAAGAUUCAAACUGUAUGUUUCAAGUUCACAAAUAUCAAAUAAAGCAUAAAACUGGAGGUAAAAAUGACACUUUUGGAAGCUGAAGGUGUAGUGAUAAUGACCUAACUAUUAAUUUGUAAUAAAUAAAAAUUACCAAACUUUCUGUAGUUAGUUAGGAGAAUUGUUUGUUAUUGAAUAGAUAUGUCUGAAGCUAUCAUCUGAAUAUGUAUAUUACACUCGUAUAUUAUUUUCCGAUGUUAUAAUUUUAUUGCAGAAUUGAGUGAGCUGUGGCUUUAGACUGUUGAUAUGCAGGAACUCCAAUAUUCAUUAGAUUGGUUAGAAUUUCACAAUAAUUUAAAUGAGUGACAACUAUUUUCACUCUCAUCUGAUGCAUGUUUCAGUACAUCUUGUAAUAGAACUGACAUAACCUUGUUAUCAGUGAUGCCAUGUAAGUUGGUAAACAACAUUAUAAGUUUUAUAUGACAGUAUUCUGAAGCAUAAAAAUUAACUUCAGGUGUAUAUGUGAAUACACACUGUAAAUGAGAACUUUUUUUUUUGUACAUACAAAGCCUGUUAUACUGUUCACACAUAUUCUUUUUGAACUUAACAUUUUUGCUCCAUCGGGAUAGUUUUUAUUAAUGUAGAUACAUAUAAUGUAUAGCACCAGUAGAAAACCAUCUCUCCACUAGAACUUCCUGAUAUUAUUAAGCCAUUUAUGUAAAAAAGUAUUUGUGCUUGUAAUAUUGUUAGCAUAAUAUACCAAUAUUUUAAUUAAGUUUUCUUGACCAUAACAUCCUGAGUCAGUCAUUCAGAAAUUGCAGCAUUUUGGGUGGCAACUUUGAACUAGAGAAAAUCCACUUGACCUGUUACUCGUAUAAGUUUAGGGUUGAUCCCUUAGUUCAAAUGUUGUUUUGAUGUUGAUGAAAAGCCUUCCCAAACCAAGGCUACUUUUGCUCAGGUUCAUUCCUUUUUUUAUCUUGAUUUGCAUGACAGCUUGGACACACUAUCGACUUAGUGGAAACAACAAUAAAUGUUCUUCAACUAUAUUUUAUGACUUGUUAGUAUUGAGGUCUGUUUAAUUAUAUCUUGAGUUUUUAAUCACUGAAUGAUUACAAUGAAAAGAACAAAAUACCCCAUUCUUACUAUUCCUUCCACUUCACAGUUUUCUUGUCCUCUUCUAAUUGAUUUUAAUGUUUUUGGAUGUCCUCCAUUUAUGAUUGCUUUCAUUUGAAGAAGAACCCCAAUAUUACUGCAUCUAGAACUUUUGCAUUUAUUGCAAACAUCCCACCAUGCAACCAGACACAUAUAUCUGAGACUAGGGAAAACAAUGCACUGAAAACAGGUCUUCUUUAGUCUAUAGGUAAAUUACUUUGCAAAAAGCUGUAGACUAUCACAAAAAUCUGGUUACAAAUUGAGAAAACUCAUUUACAAAUGAAGAUUUUUCUGUAAGUAGUAAACUGAUGAGCACAAGAAUUGUAUUGUUUGAAUGCUGUAUUAAUAAAUUAUCUUGAAAGGUAAUUUUAUUGUAUUUAUCAUCUUCCAGGUAUUGUAAUGACCAAAACAGUCACUAAUUUCUGUUUUACUGACUUAUAAUAUUAGGGUUAAAUAUUACUGGUAUGAACUAUCAGAAUUAAAAUACAUGCUUGUAAAUGUUUUUUUUUUUAUUGGUUUUCACAUUCAAAUAUACUAUUUUGUUGGGAAUUAAGGCAUUUCAAAAAAACUAGGUUAAUGGUCAUGCUAAUAUUCUACUAUAAAAUUAAUACUGUUAUGUUUACAUUUAAUAAGCAAGUAGCAGAGAUGUCUUAAGGAUCUAAGCAUGGUAAAAACAUCUCUGCUAUAAUAUAAAAGUUUGAAAGACACAGGACAAUCUUUCAAACAUAUUUUUCAUAAAAACAUUAGAAUAAAUCAGCUAGAAAAGAAACCAGUCUUUCUUUAAUCCAUACCUACUACACCUAUUGUUCUUUGUCAUGGUUAGUAGCUUACACAGUCACCUGAUAACAAAGUUCAUAAGUUUCAAAAAUACUUUCUUGGGAAAUAGGGUGACCACCUGUCCCAAUUUUGCUGGGACAGUCCAGUUUUUUGAUAUCUUGUCCCAGUGUCCCGAGAAAAGCUUACAAGAUGCACAAAACGUCCUGGUUCUUAUGAUAAAUACAUCAAACUGACAGUCACAUUGAAUUACGAAUAUAAUAGGCAUAUUUUACUUGUUCAUUGUUGUAACACAUAUUCUCCUGAUGCCAGACUCUUUCAAAAGUUACAUCGGUGCAUGGUGAGAAACCCAGGUCUGAUUGUGGAGACAGUUAUGGCAAUCCUCAUCAUCAAAACAUUUUAACAUUUAUGUAGUGAAUGUUAUGACUAAUGAAAAACCAGAACUUCAACAUUCCAUUCAUUCUUCACAAAAAUAUGUCUGAAAGACUUCAAAGUAAUGCUAAAACCUAAAAGUAGUAUGUUUGAAAAUGUUAUGGAUUCUUAAAUAAAUCCAUGUACGAAGCAGCCUAUUUUAAGAUAAGUUGGCUAAAGUGAAUAAUUAAAGAUAUCUUGGAUGUAUCAUUUGACUAUUUUUGCUACCACUAAAAAAGUAGUUGAAAUUGAUGGAACUUUGUAGAAUGGACGGCAACUGCCUGUUGUAAAGACUGACAACACCAUACACACACUAACCUGAAGAUGUAAGACUUUCAAAACUUUGUCCUCUACACUUGUUCUCUACAACAGGCAGUUGCCGUCUAUUCUACAAAGUUUCAUCAUGAAUACUCUACCGAAACAAUCUAUCAAACAACAUUCGAAAUUAUUUCAAAAACAAUAUCACUGUUAAUAUAUUUGAAAAUAUUGUGAAACAGUUCAAUAAAUUUAGAGUUAGAUUAUUUCAAUUUUAUAAUAACUAUUUUGAAAUUAGGGGCAAGGGCUGUCCUGGUUUUUGGUUUGAAAAUCUGGUCACCCUAUUAGGAAAUCACAUCAUUUUCGCCAUCAUGAUGUACUGUUUCAGCAGUUAGCUGUAUGACCUUUGUUAGGUAAACCUUGCUAUUAAAUUUUCAAUUUUGUAUUUCACAUGAAAAUUACAAACUACUUAAGAGAAUAUUCAUUAUUAGUUAAGCAACUGUGGAGGUGAGUAAUUGUCAGUAUGUGUUUAUAACAUUACUAGUCUAAUUAGAUGUAAUUCCUCAUAUACAUUUGCAAUACCAUUAAAUUUAUUGAAUCACUGUAUAAUAGUCUUGAAUUUAAAUAUUCUAUUUAUAAAACAUCUCUUUAAAUUUCAGAUAAUAUCUUUGUAACUGAUUUGCUUUAGUUUGAGUAGAAGCAUGAUGUAGUUUUACAUGUUUGGAUUUAUCAAUCAGAAUAUUGUCUGCUUUAGUUUAAUUGUCAUAUUUGUGAAAUAUAAUUGUACUAUAUUCUUUAUUGGAUUUUGUUACAGUAUAUUUAUGUUUACCGAGAUUUGUUUUGAAUGUUUGCUGUUCUAACUUACUAAAAUUUGAUAGUCAAUGUUCAGUAUUAUUAUUAAAAGAAGUCAAAGCAACUAAUGUAUUUUUAAACCUGACAUAGACUGCACCAAAUUUCAAAAAAUUCUACCUUUAAAAAGUUGUAAUGUUUGCUAUUUGACAUACCCCUAUUUAAAAGGUUGAUUCUAUCAUAGUAUAGCUCCAAACUCAUGUAAAUAGUAAGGUAGGAAUCAAGUUCAACAUUUUUGAUCAUGCUUUAAGAGAAUAUGAUGUACUCACCCAAUGAGAAUGUUUUAAGAUCUUAACUAGGACAAAUUACGGUCUCUAUACAAAAGAAAGUCUGUUUACCAAUAGGCUAAAGCCACAUC